AUGGGAUGUAGGUGUACGUUAACAUCGAUAUUUUGGGAUGUAGAAUACAUUUUGCAGUUACUGUUGAAAGCUGUGAUGAGCGAAAUAUUAAGCGAAAAUUACACGGAGAAAAGCAUAAAGGGAAGCACCCACAAAUGUAUUCGUAAGGUGAUGAUUAAUGGUAAUGAUAAUAACGUGAUGGAUGAACUUAUCAAAAAAGACUUCAGUGAUUCUGAAUGUAGCAGUGAUCAAAGGCAUGAAAGACGUGAAUUGAAGAAUGGUGUUUCUCGAGCCAAACACCGUCUAACAACUUUUUCGCUUCAUUCGGUGAUUGAUGGUGAGGUACAAAGCAAGUUCAACAUUACGUGCCUUCUUUGUAAACGCAGAUUCGCAUGCAACAGUGCCAGGUCAACGUUUCUGGUGAGUUCUUCAGAAGCUUAUUACAUUUGUGAUGAUUGUAUGGAGAACGAAAAGGGACACGCCGAAGAGUUAGAAGCUACUUUACUGAAUAAUGAUAAAACACGAUCAGUAUCGAUAGGUUAUACCGACGCGGAUUUGAGUGCAUAUGAUCACUGCAGAUGUCAAAACUGUGUUCGACGACAACUUAUGGAUGAAGAACGACGAAAAGAGAUCGAAGUGCUACAAAGAUGUUGGCAUGAUUUGCGCCAGAAUAUCCGACAAAUGUUCCGCGAUGGUUUAAAUGCAAACAUGACAUCAUCGAAAGGAAAACGAUUCGAUGUGGACAAAAUAAAGCGAAAUGUUAUGAUAUUGGCUGAAAAGGAUCCUCAUCAGCUGUAUAAACGAUUGGAGAGUAUCGGACACGAAUACGUUAUGAGUCUGAAAUCAGAUGAUUUGUGGCAGAUACUGGUGGCCCCUCAAGUCGUACCCGCUCUUAUCCAGCUUUAUGAAGCCGGCGCUAGUGAGGAACAAAUGGAACUUGAACGUGCUAAACUAUUUAUCAAAACCUUACUUGAUCGCUUUUCUUGCCAACAGGAAACUGCGAGGAAUAUGUCGCCGCUAUUGGCUGUCUUAGACGAAGAUUAUCUUUCGCAAUUUGGUAUUAGUUGGAAAGUCGUAAAUCAUCACAUUUUCGACCGAGUCAUUUACCAAGAUGAUCUUUUGUUAAAUUAUCUGCCCAGCCUAGAAAAUACUCUCAAGUGUAAAUUGAUAGUGUAUGAUGAUGAAGAUGAAGAAGAUCGCCGACAACGAGCUUGCACCGAAGCUAGUCGUACAGACAUUCCCCAGGGCGCGCUCGAACUUGCUCAAAGUUUUCGUGUUUUUCAUAAAUUAAUGGUUACAAGCAGAGAAAUAUUUAAAAAGGCCAGUGCAAAUAUCGUAUUGUACACCGAGCAGCAAAAAGUUAUUAAUCACAUUAAGCACAAAGCGAAAGGUGAAUUAUUGAAAGAGGAUUUAAAAUUUUUCAAAAGCCAGCGGAAAAUGAUCCGCAGUUGUAUUUUGCGAAAAGGCCAGUAUUACCAGGGCCAUGCUGAUUUAACUGCUUUUGAAGAUUUAACUGACUUAAUAGAUGAAUGUGACAAUAGCGAUUCGGAAGCUGACGAUGUUAAUGUGUCGGAAAGUUUACAUGAACUCAUUGAAAAGGGACCCGCAACUUCUGUUUGCAUUGAUGAAAAUCGCGAAGUGUUGCCUUGCAUACGAUGCAAGAGGUGCACUGUCCGACACUGCUCUUGUGAUGAAUGUCGAAUUUCGCAUAUCAUCACUUGUGGUUUAUUAAUUGACAGCGAAGAUAUAAGUAAUUUAAUAUGGCCUAUGAGCGAUUACUGUGAUAGAAGUGAUGAAAGAAAAUCGGAUUCAAAACAUUCGCAGCGAAAAAUAUCAUCUGUUCCAAACAUUAAGCGUUUGCCUAAUCAUAGCUUACGAUUUCAGAGUGAAGAAGCGCUGUUUACCGUGCAUGAUCACCACAAUAAAAAAGAAACAGCUUGGGGCGAUUGGCAGGUACCAUAUGGUUACUCAGAUGAUAUCGAUUAUCUCGGUCACUGUCUUUGUGAAAAAAAAGGCAUGGGCAGCGACUUUGGUUCAUUAAAUAAUCAGACAGACGGAGAAGAGGAGCACCCAACUGACACUAGCGAUUCAUCUGACUUAACAAAUGGUGAGAAAUAUCAAGAAAUUGUUAAGGGAGCAUUCGAAUUGAUGACAAAAGGACAAAGAAUGGGAUCGUCGCCGAUUUGUAAAUUUGAAAGUAAUGAUGUACCAAGGACUUCGUCAGUUAUCAGUGAGGAGAAAACAACCACAAUUGGAGAAGGCGAUAAACAUGAAGUAAAGAGCUCGUUUUUAAUGAAGAAGGCAAAUCUUCGCUCAGAGGGUUUUACAAUUGCAUCGGUGAGUAAUAUUAAUGUAAAGAGGUUCAAAAUAAAGAAAGUGGGAAGUAAUGUGGCAGGAGAUAGCGAUGGGACGGAAUCUGAUUAUGAAACAUCUUCGACAUCAUUUCCAGGAUCGAAUGAAUGCAUGGAUAAUUGCCAUUUGUCUGGGCCAGAUAGGUUGCUACUGAAAGAAAUGACUCGAAAACAUUACACUGUUCUAUCGAAAGAUAAUGCCGUAAGUGAUUUGGCACUAGAGAUUUUUGGACGAAAAGCGAUGGAAAAACCACAAAAGCUGCACAAAGCUGGAUUAACGCCACCUGUUUCUCGAUUAAUCAGGAAGAGUAAACUUGUAUCUGAUAAAAGCGAUGCGAGCACUUCUGCUCGUGAGAGGUUGCUUAAUGAAGUGAAAGAUAUGGACAAGAAGGUUCGCGAAAGAAGUUUAUUGCGGUUCGUUCAAUCGUACGAAGAUGAACAUUGGACAACAAAGUCUUCCGAGGAUUAUCAGGACCGACUGUUAGAAAGUAUGAGGGAGUGUUUGCCUAAGGACCGGACGAAAGAAGACGAUGAUACUGACCUCAGAACUAGCGUCAAAGAUGAAAAGAACUGCAAUUCAGCACGAGAAAUUGUUAAUCGAAAAUCGACUGCAAAAAUUUCUGACCAAGAAGAAAGAGCUGACAGAGAAAUGAUAUACAUUCCAGAAACCAGAACGAUGGUCAGUUUUGCUACGACCUUUUCUCCGAGUUCAACGGAUAAGAAAGCAAAGUCAUUACCGAGAAAAGUCGAACAUGAAAAUUUGGCACAGUUCUGGUCGAAACAAACCUUGGCUGCUGCCAUCGCUAAGCAGUUCAACAACCAAAGAACUGUUUUCGAUAUUAACAGAUCAUUCAGCGUCGAAAAGAGAAAAGUGGCGAAAACAGUUUCCUGUAAAAGUAACCAUUUGGAUGCGAUGUCUAAUUCGGCGAACGGUAUUGAUUUUAGCGUUGAUUUGGGUGAAUUUGAUAUUAAUGCUUUCCCUGAAGAAGUAAGGAAAAUGCAUGAAGAGGGAAAGCUUAAAAAACUUCUAAAGCAAGCUAUCGGACUGAAGCGAAAUAAGACAGAUGUGUCCGCUAAAGGUGGUUGUAAACACGAUGAUAGUAAGCGAGUUGAAAAUGAGCUGAGAGAUUCGAAAGAAGAAUUAUUUGGCUACCAAACAGAUGAUCUGACAGAUGAAGAUGACGAGAUAAAAAAUAAAAGAACAGCUUCUGGAACAGGUCGAGAUAGACGACAUGGACACUGUGAUUGUUGUUAUUGUGAGAUGUUUGGACAUGCUGCAACAGAGAAUGAUAAAUCAGGCCGUACGCAGAUAAGAGAAAGGCUUCGAAUGAAGUUGAAACGCCGAAAUGUGCAGGAGCACUCUGGAACAGGUGCAAAAAAUCUGGAGGAAAAAUUGACUCACGAUACCGCUAAUCAGGAAUCUAAGAAAUCGCCCGCUGUUAUUCCCGACACACCAAUUGAGGAAAUUUUGGAAUAUAUUAAUGAAAAAGAUAUUGUAGCAGCACAAGCUGCGGCGAAUAAAGCUGCUAAACGAGCGCGACAGAAGCUUCGAAAACAAGAAGAAAAGGAAAGACAGAACAGAGAACGAAAGCUCAAAGAAGAGCAAAAGAAAAUCACUGAAGCUGAGCUUUUAAACAAGAAAAAAGAACAGCAAGCGGCGCAACAAGAGGUGAAGAAAGAAAAACAGAGCAAGCCUGAAACAAAAAAAAAGAAAGCGGACCGAAUGCGAGGAAAAAAACAAAAAAAUGGUCGCGAUCGAAAAAAAGAAAAUGAACUGCAAUUAUCGGAAAGUCAAAAAGUCGAAGUUCGAAAGGAACCGGUUUUAGAGUUUGAGUAUUGGAAUGAUCCAAAAUGUAAUCCGAAAUUCAAGCGACCAGAAUCGACAAAGGAGCAAGUCGGUACUUCCAAGGUUGGAAGAGCGAAAACACAAAAUAAAGAAGAAUCAAAAAAGAAUGAAGGCGUCUCAAAGCGAUCUGAAUUGGAAGACAAAAGAGAAAAUGAGUUCACGAAGAAUGAAAUUAUGGAAACAAAUUCAGUGUUAGAAAAAGAUGAUAACAACAGUUCUAAAAAUGAAAACAGAGCAGUUGAAUCUGAAACAGUAUCACCAAUUAACUGCGCAGCUAUGCUUUCAAAAACAGAAAAUCACAAAAGUGAAGGAAUUAUUCAGCCAACUAUAAAGCCUUCACUGCACAAGGAAUCGGAUACACCUUCAACAGCUCUGACAGUGAAUGGAACUUCUACAAUUCUACCCAAGGUAGAAUUCAUGACUCAAUCUUCAGGCGUAAGCUGCCCCAUUGUAGAACAUCCUCCUAAAAUGUUUCCGCCUCCUAAGAUAAGUCUUUCUGAGAUAUCAGCUAACACAAAUUUAUCACAUAUACUUCCUUUUCCUGUCUUAUCAAUACCCCCUCCUUCACAAACGAACAUAGGCUUUGGCAUUUGCCAAGGAGGAGUUGGUUAUUACACACAUUUUGGGGAACAGCCUCAGAUUUACCCAAUCAGUGGAUUAAAUCAGCAUGUUGUAUCUUCACCGGAUCAAAAUAUUCCCGUAUUGUCAGCAACUAGCGCUAACUUUGCGCAGGAUUCGGUUUUACGGCCACUUCAAAUUCCUCCAACAUAUGAAGCAAGGAGUUGUCAAAUUGGAAUAAAUGAUGUUCAUAUAUCGGGCCAGUAUUCAAUUCCACCACCAGCUAGUGCACCAUUAACUGAUAUCUCGCAAAAAACUGGACCAAUCUCUUCAAUUCCUAUAUUUGAUAGUAAAUCUUUUGAGACGCCCACAAGUUUUUCUUGCUUUGGUUUUCAGAAAUUGCCACAACAUGCGUCAGAAACGUCUUCAUUAUCAUCACUCUCCUCAUCUUUAUCAUCUUCGUCUUCCAAGCCAUCUCCUCGUAAUCUGCCACUCGAUAUCACCUCAAAAGGAAACACCAUUACAAUUCAAAUGCCAUCUCUUGGUGUCAUGAAUGCGCCUUUACAAAAUAAUUCGUGCAGUAAUAACGGUGCAGUACAAAAUUUUCUGAGUGCCGACACCGCCGCACAGAGAUUUACGCUUCCCGGUUCUCCCUCUUGUCCAAAACAACGUUUACCAAAUGUUGCUGUUUCUGUAAGUAAUGUAAUUUCGGAUACUUUGUCCGUGCCUAAAUUAGAUUUAUUGAAUUUUACUUCUUUCGAGCAGGGUGUCGCUGCUACCAAAAUACAGAAAUCGCCACAAUGCACAAAUGCACAAUUUCUGGUCAAUCAUCAAAAUGGUAUGAGCACUACAGGAAUCAACGCUGCGGAAACGAACAAGAUUGAAACUGGUGAAACUUUGCCUGGUUCCAGUCAGCUCACAGCUGCAUUUCGUGCAAAAAGAAAUGAAGCGUCUAAAACAUUUCUUUCGUCAUCGAAUCCACUGGCAAACUAUGAUUCAGAAACUCGGAAACUUGCGGCUUUUGCAAAGGAGGAUGAUAUUUUUCACAACCAGAAUCCGAUGAUUUUUGAACCAGGUGACCCACGCAUUGCCGUUGCCAUCGCAGAAAUGAAGUUUGACCCAUAUGAAGUAUUCAAACCGCGUCCUGACAGUGAAUUGGAGUUUCUUGAUCCUUUUGAAUUGGAAAUGGAACACUUUAAGCGUGUGAUGUGGGAAGAGGGACAGAUAACGAAGCCUCGUAUCCCAUUGCGAGAGCUGCGAAAGAUUGACCCCGAGAACGAACCCGGCGCCGUAUUCCAUUUCGCCCCUCUUGUGUGA